UUCCGGUCGGUGAUCUGUGGUGCGGAUGUUAUGGUUUUGGGAUCGCAUUGCAUUUCUGUAAUUUUACGAGUUUAGAUUUUAUUAUUAAGUUUUUAAAGCAAAAGGAUUGCAUGAUUGAUUUUAAAUUCAAACAAUCGGAUUGUAUUAGAUGGCGUUUCCUCAACCAAAUGCACAAAGAGAGUUGACAAAUAGAAAAAUAUUGGAGGAAUUGCAGCUGAAGAAGCAGAUGCUGUUGAAGCAGGGAGCUGUGGCCCCACUCACCGCCACCACCAUCUCACUGACCCAGCCCAGCCCCGUCAGCCAGCUGCCUAUGUGCUCUAUACCACCACUCUCGGCUACAGCGGGGUUCCCACAACUUCCUGAAGCAAAUAUAGUGAACACAAGUCACAGAGCUGCACUGCAGCACGCAAACGCAACAUCUUGUGGCUUCUUUGUGUCUCAAGACUCAUCAUUUGGAAACCAAAUACUGCCUGUUCUACCAAGAUUUGACAAUAAGUGAUAAUCAUCACCAGCCAGAUUUAAUUGCUACUUUUUAACUGGCUUUAUGGCUCUGGGUUCUGACUCUAAGCCUUAAGACUCACAUCUGGCCUCUUCCCCACUUACUUUAUGUCUGCAAUCAUUAAGUUGAAGACCUUGGAGGGGCAU